UAUAAUACCCGUGUUAAUUUAAUAAUCAGAGCUGCGAAAGGCUUCUUCGCUUCAUGUUAACAAUUUUCAGGCAAUCAGUGACGAUGUGGAAAAACGGUCUUUUUUGCUAAAUUUCGCUUGUGCAACCAGAAGCGCAAAUGUUCAAACCGCGCAACUUUGGCCCUAGUGAAAACACUCCGCUUUUGCGUUUGCAGCCUAGCAAUGGUGGAUCUUCGACAAACAACUACGAAAACCCGAGCGACUGUGAGCCAUUGGAUGCCAGCCAGUCUUUGACGAAGAAAACCAGAAGUUACUCCAAAUGGUCGCCGAUGGAAGAAGGAGUGACUCUGGCCUGGAGCGACCUCACAGUGCACGCCCGCACCAAAAUCAAAGGAAAGCUCAUCUACAAGAGAAUAAUAAACAGCGUAACUGGAGCUUUAAAGUCGGGAAGUUUAGCAGCCAUAAUGGGCGCCAGUGGUGCUGGAAAAAGUACGCUGAUGGCAGCGCUAGGAUAUAGGCAAACAGGGGAAAUGCAGGUCGAUGGCGACAUAGUGAUAAAUGGACGGCCCAUAGGCAGCUACAUGAAACACCUGAGCGGAUAUAUGCCACAAGAGGACCUAUUUGUUGGUUCUUUAACUGUCCUGGAACACAUGAACAUCAUGGCCCAUUUGAAACUGGAUCGCCUCAUCAGCAGCCAGGAGAAAAGCUUGAAAAUCAAAACCAUCCUGAACCAGUUGGGGCUACGAAGGUGCGCAAAUACCUGCAUAGGAGCGAGAGGACAUAAAGGACUUUCAGGCGGAGAGAAAAAGAGACUGGCUUUUGCCACAGAGCUUCUGAACGAUCCUCCAAUUCUCUUCUGCGACGAACCAACCACUGGCCUCGACUCAUAUUCCGCUCAGAAAAUCGUGAGCAUAAUGAGUCGAAUGUCCACCAAUGGCAAAACGAUCCUCUGCACCAUCCAUCAGCCUUCUUCGGCAAUUUUCGGGAUGUUUACUCAGCUCAUUCUGGUUGCUGAUGGCCGCAUUGCUUAUAUGGGAAGGCGAGCGACUGCGAUCGAGUUUUUCGAGGACUUGGGGUAUGUUUGCCCGUCCUCCUACAGUCCUGCGGACUUUUUCAUCAAAACCCUGUCGACUACAGUGGGUCAUGAGAACAACAGCAGGAUGACUGUGAAGAAGAUUUGCGACCAUUAUACUGUGAGCGAUUAUGCGAAGGAAGUCGAUGUGGUGGUGCAGUAUGAGUUUCACAUGGGAAGAGCCGAGCAGCCGAGAGCGUUUGAGAUGCGCCAGAACUUCAAAUCGCCUUUUUGGCUCCACACACUCUACUGGCUGACGUACAGGGCGUUUAAAGACUCCAUUCGUAACCCUUCGGUGCAAACGUUGAGGAUUUUGCAAAGAAUGGGCAUUGCGCUGAUCGUGGGAUUGUCCUUCUACUCGACGAAUUUUUUCACUCAAAAAGGCAUCCAGGCGGUGCAAGGCGCGAUUUUUAUGUUUGUGUGCGAAAACACUUUCAAUCCGAUGUAUUCGGUGCUGGCAGAGUUUCCGGAAAAUAUUCCUCUUUUUGUGCGGGAGUUCAGAAGCGGAUUGUACCAUCCUGCUACUUACUAUGUUUCCCGAAUUCUCGCGCUGCUUCCUGGAUUCUUAAUUGAGCCACUCCUCUUUGCCUCGAUCGCCUAUUGGAUAGCCGGACUGCGCUCCACCUCCUAUGCCUUCCUCAUGACGACCCUGAUCACGGUUUUGACGACAAAUGUAUCUUGUGCUUGUGGCAUAAUGUUCUCCUGCGCUUUUGAGUCAGUGCCAAUUGCCAUGGCCUAUCUGGUUCCUUUCGACUAUCUCCUGAUGGUAACGUCCGGAUUAUUCGUGAAAAGGGGGACUAUUCCAGUUAUCAUCGGCUGGUCCAGGUACCUGUCCUGGAUGAUGUACUCGACUGAGUCCAUCAGCAUUAUCCAGUGGCAGAGCAUCAGGAACAUCAGCUGCGAUAUCCAGGACGAUGAUAGUUUGCCCUGUUUGAGUGACGGGACAUCGGUCCUGGAUCAAUAUGCCUUUUCCGAAGACAAUCUCGCCUGUGACAUAUGGAACAUGUUUUUUCUGCUAAUCGGCUUCCAUUUGCUUGGCUACGUGUUUCUUUGGUGGAAAACGAAAAGAGCGUAAAAAUCGCAGCCGCUUAGCGAUUAGAGGCAACUCGUUUUGUUAUUACCCAAGAAGUAUCGGCGAUAUUACAAUGAUUACUGGCCAAUUCCUUUGGAGUCAAUAAACGUCCGGAAAGUUUUGCUAUAAAGCCGGGGGUUUGACCCCGAUAGAAAACAAAGCUGUUUUUCCUAGAGGACAUAAAAAAUUGCCAGGGAUAACGGAACGAAAGCAGUAGUUUCGGCGGGAGCAGAUCGAUCCUGUUUGGAAGCAAUUUCGCCGAUUUUAUUGGUCCUAACUGGGAGUUUGGAGUCUGGAUGGGGGCGGCCAAUCAACAAUUGUUAAUUCGUAGAAAUCCCUCUUUGCUUGAAUAAAAUUCAUUUUACAACAG